AUGGCCGAACACUACCGGCGAAUUCACAAGUAUGGCGCCGCCCACAGUCUGGCUGGGCGUUCCCUCGCCCUCGUCGAGGAAGCCGGGCUCGAGGAGGACGAUGAGAAACACGAGCGCCUGCGCCAACGCCGUCGUAUCUUCCGCAUGCUCGCGUUCCCGUCCACUCGCGUCCGCAUUCUCUACGCUUGUGUCAUGCUAGCCGCCCUGUAUGUUUACAUUAUCCCGACCAUCUUUCACCAGUCAGACGCGUCUUCCCUCGGGGCGGCAGGAGCUAGUCCAAAGGCCAAGACGGCCUUCCCUUCACCCAACGCACCGGGUGUCGUCCACCGUGGACACCCCGAUGACCCUCUCGCUGCCCAGUUGCCCCGACACCCCAUCGUCAACGGCCGCCUCGAGGUGGAUCCCGACCUGACCGUCCACCCCAUCCACCAGCUCAUCCACGACGCCCGCGACGAAUGGGACAGAAAGCUCGCAAAGCAGAGCACGACACUCAAGGCCGCCGACGCCGAGUACCGUCGACGCUACAAGCGGGCCCCCCCAGUUGGAUUCGACAAGUGGUGGCGAUAUGUGGUUGAGAACAAUGUACCGAUGCCAGACGAAUACGACCAGAUCAACAACGACCUCGCACCGUUUUGGGCCCUUCGUCCAACGGACCUCCGCGACCGCAUCAGCCAAGCGAGCGUUGCGUCCGACUCGUACACGCUUCGCAUCAAGCGUGGCUUGUUGCGCACUUUUCAGACCUACAACCCUUCACCACUUUACGAGGGCCGUCGUGACGGCCAGGUGGACCUCAUCGCCCCGAUUGCAAAGUACCUCCCUGACAUGGUUGCCGUCUACACGGUCCACGACACACCCCAGACACUCAUCUCAUGGGAGCACCGCCAAGACAUUUGGGAGCACAUUGCAGACGGAGAGUUCCUGGACGACAACGACAAGGUCGAGGCAACGCACCACGGCUGGGCGUCGGCCUGUUCGUUCAAGUCGGCCAUCAACCAGCCCAGCAAACAGCAUAUCCAACCGGUGGACAGCAAGAUCGGUGCCAAGUCGUUCAUCGCAAACCACUGGGCCAACAUGGACGUGUGCGAGAACCCCGACCUCAUCCCGCUGCACGGCAUGCUGGCCGGCAAGGACGAUUAUGUGACAGACCUCGGCGCCACGUUUGCGCUGUCCAAGACCCGUCUCCAUGCCGACGUCCUCGGUGUCCCACCCGAGCGCGUCAUUGAAGACGUCGCGUUGAUCCCAUGGGAAGACAAGACGACGGAGCGACUCUUCUGGCGCGGCAGGAACACGGGCGCGUACCACAGCACCAGCACGCCGUGGAAGGGCACCCACCGCAUCCGCCUCGUUGGCAUGGGCGCCAACUAUACCGGUGUCACCACGGUCCUCGCGCCUCCCGAUGCCAUGCAGGGCAAGAAUGUCCGCGACGCGGCCACGGCCACGGCCAGCAGCGACCUCACAGCACGCUACAUGGACAUGGGCUUUGUCAACAUUCCCCUCCAGUGCGACGAGGACGACGGCACCUGCGAGGAGAUUGCCAACACCUACCCGUCUGUCGAAUACGUCCAGUCAGAGGACUCGGACCGGUACAAGUACGUCGUCGACAUUGACGGCAACGCGUGGUCUGCGCGCUUCCAGCGUCUCAUGAUGUCGGGCUCGCUCGUAUUCAAGUCGACCAUCAUCCCCGAAUGGUGGACGGACCGUAUCCAGCCCUGGGUCCACUACGUGCCCAUCAAGGUCGACUAUUCGGACCUGUACGACGCCGUGGCAUUCUUCAACGGCGACACAGAGGGCAACCCGGGCGAAGACGACCUCGCGCAGGAGAUUGCCAUGGCAGGACGGAAAUGGUCAAAGCAGUUUUACCGCAACCAGGACAUGACGGCGUACACGUUCCGCCUCUACCUCGAGUGGGCGCGCCUCCAGUCGCCGACGCGCUCCAUGGCAAACUUUGUCUAUUCGGAAAGCAUGGAGGUCUGA